AGACAGUGAGCUGCUUUGAAAACCCGUCUUGAUCUCCGGAUAUAUUUGAUCCUAUCCGUUUUCUUAUUUUACUCUGCGUUAGUGUACUUCCGGAGUAUAGAAAGGCGUUCUUUGAGACUGGGAGACUCGCAGUAACUAACUUGUCACCAUGGAGACGUAUCCAGGCUCCACCGAUGAAGCUCACCCGGAACUUUUCAACAUGGAUGCCAUGCCAGACCAGCCAAAAGUGAACAAACCUGGACAAUUAUCUCAAGAAAAAAUUCAGCAAUUUUUUAGGGAAGGUUACGUAGUUGUCGAGGAAUUUUUCCGGCCGGAGGAGCUCAAUGCAUGCCGGGAUGCUAUCAAAUUGCUGGUGGAUGACCUAGUUAACAAGCUGCACAGCGCGGGAAAAAUCACCAAGCUGUAUAAAGAAUAUGGACUUUUUGAAAGACUCGCGGAGAUUGAAAAAGAAUGCCCAGGUGCAAACAUAAUGCUACAUAAAAUAGGAUCCAUGCCACAGGCAUUUCGAGAUAUUUGGGCAAGUGACAGACUUUUGAAUGUGGUAGAACAACUAAUCGGUCCGGACAUAAUGGGUCACCCUGUAUGGAACCUAAGGACAAAAACACCACAGAACGAGGCUACAACCGUUCCAUGGCAUCAAGAUGUUGGGUACUUAGACAAUACUUCUUACAAAGUAAUACAACCAACUGCUUGGAUUCCGUUGCUGGAUGCCAACGAACUCAACGGAUGUUUACAGUUAGCGGUCAAAGGUCAUAAGACCGGAAAAGUAGGAACUCAUCAAUGUUGUUAUGGCGGUACGUGGUAUGUCAUGCUGGAGGAAGAAGAAAUGAAAAAAAAAUUAGAUAUCGACAUCGAGAAUGACUUUAAGGUUUGCCCCAUAAGUUAUGGCGGGAUGCUAUUAUUCAACAAUCUUGUUCCUCAUAGAAGUUUACCGAAUUUGUCAAAGUCGAUUCGAUGGAGUUUAGACCUGCGAUGGCAGAGACCCAGCGAACCAGUGGGUUUCUAUGGUCUGAAGGAGGGACUUCUGAUGCGAUCAUCCAAGGAUCCAGACAUGAAGAUUGACUGGACGUCGUUUGACGCCAUUAAUCGACAUGAUAAACAGACAGCUGCCAUGACGGGCAAGGAAGAAAUAGACGAAUUCGACACCACCAUUCAAGGGCCUUGGAUGAAGAAAUGGGAAAUAGUGCACGUGAACCGCCAUGUUGAAAAACACAGAGAAAUGGAAAACAAUCCAGAAACUUGGACGAAGGCUUAAUAGUGUGCACACGAGACAGGGAUUUUUGUUUUUGUAACUGUAUUGGUAAAAUGCUUUCAUUGAAAUAUCAUAAAUGUUGUGCAUCUUCAAUUCAAAAUCAUUAUUCAUACAUAAUCUCGUUUGCACAGAAUCCAAAGGUUACACACAGUUUGGUAAUUAGACAACCUGGUACCGAAUUUAUGAUGCCUACGCAAAUUUUCAAAAACUAGAUAAAGACAUUUCUGUAUUUCAUCAAUUAGCAACUUCACACAAUCGAUAAAUUCAAUAUUAAGUCCACUGUUAAUUAUAUAUAAUUGGGGAGAUAACUGUUGAGAGCUCCAAUGGAACGAAACUUGAACCGUGUCAUUCAUCGGGCUCACGGCGGAUGUGACCGUUCGACAGGGGAUGCUCACUCCUAGGUACAUGAUCCCACCUCUGGUAUAUCCAGGGGUCCGUGUCUUAAUUUUGUUUCCUUAUAGGAGUUAUGAUAUUGAUCACUGUUCAUUGUCUUCACCUUUCAUCUAUAAAUUUCUACAAAUGGAAGGGCCAGUUCUAUAUCUACCUCCAGAUAUUUCACAACGGGGGCAUGACAAUUGUAGUGUGAAAUGAUAUUUAUAAAAAGAGAAUGCAUAUUUUAAUAGCAUAUGUAUAGAAAUAAGCUGUAUUACAUGUAGUUAAGCGUUUCUUCUUCAAUGUGUUAUUUCACACAGAUCAUCGUUUCACUGCUGCUUGUAAAUCUACAUGUACGUUAAGUACUGUUGUGUAAAUUUCGGAUGCUUCUUGGUCAUUAAUCGGAUUAAAUAUUUUUAUUACCA